UGAAGCUACACAUUAGACUCUUCAAAAUGGCUCAGAUAUGUAAGAUCUCAGAGCAAGUGAAUAUCAAGUCUUCUGCUCACAAGUACUAUCAGUUUUUCAAGAACAAAAUGGAUUAUGUCUUAGUUCAAAUGUUUCCUGAAAUUUAUAAGAGUUGUAAGGUUGUAGAAGGGAAUGGUUAUUCUCAUGGCAGCAUCAUCCACUUAAAAUAUAACGCAGGUGAGGAUCUGCAUCAACCAUCAUUUCAAACUUUUUCGGUUCUUGGAAGACCAGAAGAGAUGAAAGAGAGGCUAGCUAUUGAUGAUGCUAACAAGUCAAUAACUUUUGAGUGCCUUGAAGGAGAUGCAUUAAGAGAUUUUGAAGUGCUUAAAUUAAAAUUUCAAGUUUUUGAGAAUGGUAACAAUGGAGGAACAGUUAAUUGGUCAAUAGAGUUUGUCAAGGCAAAUGAGGAUGUGGCUUCACCACAUCACUAUCUCCUAUGUGUAAGUAAAGUUGCCAAAGGCCUUGAUGACUACCUUUGCAACAACUGAACUUAAAAACCAUCUCAACAUGGUUUGGCUAUUGAAAUAAUGAUUUAAAUAUCUCCUUAUCUCUAGCUGUAUUGUUAUCAUAUGUGUGCACUUUGAAGCUUAAUUGGAAUAAAUAACAAUGGUGAUCCUUACUUAUUCUACUA